AUGUCCAAACGUCUGUCAAUUCUGUUGGAGGCCCCAAUAAGUACCCCUGCUAAAAAGCGUCAUUUGGAUGGAACUGAUAGUCUUAUACCAACCAACAUAAGAGAAAAUGUGUCUAUGACCAAUCCAACCUUACCAUUAUCGGUGCCUCUACUUCAUACUGCACCAAAGUCAAUGUUGCCUAUUAUUCAUCCACCACUUAAAGUAAAUGAAUUUUUUACAGAUCUUGAAAAUGAUGUAACGAAUACAUCUACUUCUAAUCAAAUCAAUAAUAUAGUGAAUAAUUUCCCACCUCCACCUAUUCCGAGUCAUCUAACUCCACAACAUAUGACUCAAGGAGGUAUUAUGAUUCCUUUCAUUUAUCCACCUCCUCCAUUAAUAAAAGAUAAAUAUGGUGAAUCUGAUCCAUUAUAUGGUUCCAAUAAAUCGAAAACGUAUAUCCCAUUACCACCAUUACCGUUCCCUCCACCAAAUUAUAUGCCUUAUCCUUUAAUAUCUGAUAAUUCUUCCUUAACCCCCAAUGAAGUGUUUAAAGUAUUUUUGGAUGCUCUGACGAAAUUGCCUCGUAUAGAUAUGGUUGUUGCCAGUGCAGCUGGGUCUUUAUAUGACAUGCGGGCACAAGCGGACCAAGAGGGUUUCACCAUAACAAACCAUGAAUCAUCAAAGAAAUCAUCAUCUCGUAAAAAUAGACGAAAUAAUAAUAAUAGUAAUCAACAGACGAAUAAUAAUCGUGAUGGGGAAGAAUUGGAACAUGAAGAUGAAUUAGAAGAUGAUGAUAGUGAAGAUGAAGAAUAUGACGAAGAAUAUGAAGAUUAUAAAGAGUAUGCCAAUGGAGUUGAUACUUCACAUGCAUGGGAUGAAUAUCAUAGACAAAGUAUACCAAGGAAUACCGUUGAAAUUCGAUCUAGAUUUCCGCCUGAUUAUAUGGAUAUUACUCCAAAGACUAGCGAUAUAAAGGCAAAAAGAUUACAACGGGGAGACAAGAAGUACCCACCACAAGAAUUCCCGGUGAUAGAAGGAGAUGAAUCUAUAAGGUCAUUGAAAUUACCUUCAAAUUUAUCUAAAAUCAUUUCAAAUCUGCAUAAAGAUAUCCUGUCAGCUAGUGGGAAUCAUAAGGAAAGACGUAGAGAAGAUUUAUUGAAAAGUAUGAAUGAAAUUGCUGAAUUUGAAGCAUCUAAUGAAGAAGAAUUAUAUUUGACACUUAAAAGAGAACAACUACAAAAACUUAAAGAUCUUAGACAAUCUAUAAUUCUGUUCAACGGAUCAGAUCAUGAGAUAAAAGAUUCUGAACUAUUAGAUGUGAAGCAAAGAUUGGAAGUGGAAAGAGAUGAUGAAUUAGUAAAACUUAAAUUAUUUGAAAAUUAUCAACUUUUGAAUAGUGCGUUAGUUUUCUAUCAAGAUUCUAAUAAGACUUAUAAAAACAUGAAUCAACUCAUUGUGAAUAAACUUAUGAAGUUGAAGAAUUUCUUUGAAUAUCAAAAGCAAUUAUUUACAAAGGCAUUAGAGAAUGAAUCUGAUCAAUCAUUUUUCGACAUUAAAAGUAAAGAUUCUGCAAAAUUGUAUGCUGGGAUAUCAACUAAAGAUAUGAAUGCUUAUAUCAAGGAAACGAUUAGAUUACAAGCAAGUCAAACAAGUAGUUCCACUGACAGUCCAGAAUUAACUCUAGGAUCUGGAUAUGUUGGACACUCUCAACAACAAAUUCCAUUAGUACAUGAUUUCAUUCCAUUAGCUUCUGAGAAGGAAUUUAAUUUAAUUACUGGUGAUUUACCAAGUAAUAAAUAUAAAUCAGCAUCUGGAGAAAAUAAUUCUACAUCUGGUAAGGGUAAAGGAUAUAAUUCAUCCAAGACUGCCAACAUGAAACAUCAUAUUUUCCAAAGUCCAUUAUAUGAUCCAUUAACGUCUGGUUCUGAUACAAAUUCUGAGGCUAAUUCAUCUGGAGCACCUAAGAGAAGGGGUAGAAGAGCCGCUGGUGCCACAAAUCCUGGUCCUGGUGAUAAGUUGAUUGAUGGUGCCGAUAAAGGAAGUCUGAAGUAUUCAGAAGCUGUAUUGUUGGCUAAGAUUAUGAAACAUUAUGUACCACCUCAAGGAGCAAGACCAGAUGAGUUAACUAAUGAUUUGGAAGGUAUGGGUGUCAGUACCAAAUGGCCAGUUUCUAAAUAA